CUGCCCAAAUGCACGCACGUUUUACAUCCACUUAAGAAAGGCUUGUUCAGUUCUAGACCUUCCCCCUUUGCUGUCUGAAUCGCAGGACCUCUCUGAUGGGUCGCUGACAUGUGUUGCUAGGAUUCACGCCAGCAAGCUUUCAAACUCAACAGACAGGAAAAAAAAAAUUGAAAGUAUAUCCAAAUAAGGCCGACGGUAACACGUCCGGACGUUUAAUAAUCUGUAUUCCUGGAAUCGUGUUUCACUUCCCUAAAAUCCAAAAACAUCGUUUCUUUCAGAGUAGGAGAAUUUGGAUUCCAAACUGGGAGCAGAAAAGGUUGUUGACGCUACUAUUCUACUUUUCCUGGAGCACCCAUCAACGUACUGCUUAGAGCGAUGGGGGAUGUCCAGCUUGUGACUAAGACCAGCCUGACCUUAUCCAGGGGUUCCCCAAAUAGCGAGCCCCCAGCCUUCACCCUCCCGCCCCGCAACGUGCGAGUCAGCCAGGGGGGCGUCGCCCGGAUCGAUGGGAAGGUUAAGGGCUUCCCCGAACCCCAGGUGACGUGGUACAGGAAUGGGAAGCUGCUGAUUGCUGGGGACCACUACAGCAUGGAGCAGAGCACCCGCGGGGCCUUCAACCUGGUGGUGCAGGGGGUGGUGGAGGAGGACGGGGGCCGCUACACCUGCGAGGCCGUCAAUGACGCCGGGACCCGGCAGGUCACCGUGGAGCUCACCGUGGAAGGGAAGGCUGGGAAAAAAUAUAACCUUCCAUCUGCUGGCAGAUCAGUGGGCGGGCGGCUGGGAGUCGCUGCAGUGGAGAACAGGCCCAGCAUCUGGGGGGAGAGUCCCCCGAAGUUUGUGACAAAGCCCUCGCGCCUCAUCCUCAGAGCGGGACAGGGCGGCAAAUUCUCUGCCAAAAUCACAGGGCGUCCGCAGCCCCAGGUCCUAUGGCUUAUGGGGGAGGUGGAACUGCAGGCCGGAGAGCGUCUCAACAUGUUUGAGAAAUCGGGGAUCCACUUCCUGGAGAUUCGGGAUGUCCGGGCGGAGGACGCGGGAAUGUACACCUGCUCCGUGGUGAACAGCGCUGGCAAGGCCACGGCGACAGCCGAACUCAUCGUUCAGGGUUCAACUCCUGAAAUCACUGGCCCUGCACCCCCUGUGGCCCCCCUCACAAAAGCAGUGGACUCUCCUGCCGUGAAGCACACAAGUAACGGUCUCAUAACUGAUCCGAAACCCGUCCCGAUGAAGGAGAGGCUGGAGGUGAAGGAGACCCACGCCGCCAUCACUGUUAGAAAGGAAACUAAAGUGGUGGCAGAGUCUAGAACAGAGGCAGGGAGGACUGCUGCCGUAUCCCCAGAACCCCCCUCGGACCCCCGAGGUGUGGCCCAGAGCAGGGCGGAGCUCCAGCAGAGGACCACAAGUUCCAUCACCCUGCAGGCUGUGAGAGCGCAGCCACCCGGGCGAGCCGGACCGGAACCGCCCGGUGGGGCGACGGGGAGAGGGACCGGGGCGGAGAGCAAAGGCGCGAAUAGAACCGCCGAAAUUGCCCCAGCAGUGCCAGAGCCCGCCAAGGACGCCAAGAAGUUCGGAGGAGGGGGCAGAUUUGAAACGACAGGAUCGCCGCCCAAACUGGAGAUUCAGCCAAACAGCCAGGAUGUUCUGGAGGGGAACGACGUCAUAUUCAAAUGCCAAGUGUCAGGCUCCCCGGUGCCCACCCUGAGCUGGGCGAAAGACGGCCUGCCUCUGAGAGGGAGGGCGGGGGUGAGCGUCCAGCAGGAAGGGGACCUGCACCUGCUCUGCCUGGAGAGAGUGCGCAAGACCGCGGCCGGCAUGUACGGCUGCACCGCCGCCAACAGCAGGGGGAAGGCCUCCGCCACCUGGACUCUCAGUGUCAGGAGCCCGAGGUUGGAAGGCAGGGCCCCGGUGUUCACCAGUGUGUUGAAGGACUGUUCAGUGAGCGAGGGCCAGGAUUUCGUCCUUCAGUGUUCCGUGGAAGGGAAGCCCCCACCCCACAUCACCUGGCUGCUAAACGACAAUCCCAUCCCCUACACCCAUGCCUCCUUUGAGAACGGGAUGGCCCAGCUGAUGGUCCUCGAUGCCCUACCUGAGGACGAUGGCUUGUACACCUGCAUGGCAGAGAACCCCCACGGGAGAGCAACAUGCACAGCCCGAGUGAUCAUCAAAGAGAAGCAGAGCGCCAAGAGGACAGAGCCGGCUUCAGGUUCGGGGGAGGGGACGAAGCCGUCGGCUCCCGUGUUCCUCCGAGGCCUGAAGGAUCUGAAAGUCAUGGACGGGAGCCAAGUGGCCAUGACCGUGGAGGUGACCGGCAAUCCCCAGCCAGAGAUUGUGUGGUUGCACAAUGGCAAAGAAAUCCAGGAAUCUGAGGACUUCCAUUUUGAGCAAAAGGGGAAAGAGUACAGUCUGUUCAUCCAGGAGGUGUUCCCAGAGGACACAGGGAAAUACACCUGUGAGGUGUGGAAUGGAGUUGGUGUAGCACGCACCGAGGCCACCCUAACUGUGCAAGAGCCCCAGGACGGGGUCCAGCCCUGGUUUAUCACCAAGCCCAAAUCCGUGACAGCCACCUUGGGCCAACACGCCCUGAUCUCCUGCGCCAUCGCCGGAGACCCCUUCCCACAAUUCUUCUGGCUAAAGGGCGACGAGGUGCUGUCCUCAGGGGAAGACAUAGAGAUUCUCCACAAGGAGGAUGUUGUCUCUCUGCUCUUCAGGAGGGUGAAGGCUCACCAAGCCGGGGACUACGAGAUCAACCUGAAGAAUAAAGUGGGAGACUGCAGCUGUGUGGCGACUCUGCGGGUCAGCAGUGAGGGGGCAGGAGCGUCCGGCACGGAGCCUCAGCCAGCAGAGUCUUGUCAGAGUGUGGAGGGAGUGGACGGGACAGUGCGGGACAGAGGGGCAGUGAGUGAGGGACGCAGCAGCAGCCUGAGAGAGGAGCCGGCCAGCGCCAGGGGGCUUCUGAAGCGCCGCGUGGAGACCAAGGAGCACAGGGAGGACCAGAUCCGGCAGCAAGAGGCCGAGCAGCGGGACUUCCGCACCGUGCUCGCCAGGAAAGUCGCCACCAAGAGCAUUUCCGAGGAGGACCUGAAAGAGAUCAGCGCCGAGCAGAUGGACUUCAGGGCCAACCUCCAGAGGCAGGUCAAGCCCAAGACCCUGUCCGAAGAGGAGCGGAAGAUCAACUCCCCGCAGCAGGUGGACUUCAGGUCCGUCCUGGGGAAGAAAGGGGGCACCCCUAAAGCGGCUACCCCAGCCAAAGAGGAGCCCCAAAAAAACCAGGCACCUGACUUCAAGUCCGUGCUGGCCAACAAAAAGAAGCAGCCGUCCAUCGAGAACAACGGGGAGACCGCAAAGCCCAAAGCCCCGACGGAGAAAGAGAAAGAGAAGGAGAAGGAGAAGGAGAAGCAGAAGGAGAAGCAGAAGAACGAUGUUAACUGUGUGGACGGUGGGAUUAUCGAUAAGAAAACUAACAGUAUCGGGAAGGGAAAGGAGCCUGUGUUCACUCAGAAACUGAGUGACGUGACUGUGGUGGACGGGGAGUGCUUGCGGUUGCAAUGUCAGGUCACGGCCGAUCCCCCACCUGUCAUUACCUGGACGUUAGACGGGAAAGUGAUCAAGCCCUCAAAAUUCAUCAUCCUGUCUAAUGAGGGUGGCAAGUGCACCCUCACCAUUGACAAGGCCCUGCCCGAGGACGAAGGCCAGUACAAGUGCCGGGCCGAGAAUGCCGCCGGCAAAGCCGAGUGUGCCUGCAUGGUCCUGGUGGACGAUCCCUCAGACACUAACUCCACACCAGCCGACAAGAAGACCAAAAAGGCCUCCACUCCUACGACAGAGAAUGAGGCAAGAAUAAAGAAGCCAACACCAAAGACAGCUCCUAAACAGGUCGUUCCCCCUCAGAUUAUACAGUUCCCUGACGAUAUGAAGAUCCUGGCGGGAGAGAAUGUGGAAAUCCUCUGUAAGUUCGGAGGAGCCCAGCCCAUCACCUGCACCUGGCUCAAGUUCAGGAAACCGAUCCAGGACGGACAGGGCGAUAUAUCCAUCGAGACCACCGAUUCGUCGAGCAAACUGACCAUCUCGACCACCAACCAAGACCACUGUGGAUGUUACACUGUUGAGCUGCAUAACAAGUUUGGCACCAGACAGGCUGCCCUUAACCUCACCAUCGUCGACAAGCCCGACCCCCCGGCGCGUGUGCCCGCGGCCUCGGACAUCCGCAGGUCCUCCCUCACGCUGUCGUGGUAUGGCCCCACUUACGACGGUGGGAGCGCGGUCCAGUCCUACAACCUGGAGAUCUGGAACUCAGUGGACAAGGAGUGGAAGGAUCUCGUCUCCUGCAACAGCACUUCGUACAACGUCCACAACUUACUGCCUGACAGGGAGUACAAGUUCCGGGUACGAGCUGUGAACAUUUAUGGUGUCGGAGAGCCCAGCGCUGAGUCUGACCCAGUCACAGUCGGGGUAGAAGAAGAGGAAGAAAAAGAGGAGGCUGAGGCAUCCGAUGAUGAUGUGGAGAAAGAACCAGAAUACAGAGAUGUGGUCAUUAAGAAAGAUCAGAAAGUCAAGGACUUAUAUGAUGUGGAGGAAAGGCUGGGAACGGGGAAAUUUGGACAAGUGUUUAAACUUGUGGAGAAAUCAACUAAAAAAGUCUGGGCAGGAAAGUUUAUCAAAGCUUAUUCAGCAAAAGAGAAGGAAAAUGUAAGACAAGAAAUAGGCAUUAUGAACUGCCUGCACCACCCCAAACUCGUCCAGUGUGUAGACGCUUUUGAGGGCAAGUCAGACAUUGUCAUGGUUCUGGAAAUGAUCUCUGGAGGAGAGCUGUUUGAACGGAUCAUUGAUGAGGACUUUGAGCUCACAGAGAGGGAAGUCAUUAAGUACAUGCUGCAGAUUGUGGAUGGAGUGCAGUUCAUCCACAAGCAGGGCAUUGUCCACCUGGACCUGAAGCCUGAGAACAUCAUGUGUGUCAACAAGACAGGCAGCAGGAUCAAACUUAUCGACUUCGGCCUUGCACGUCGGCUAGAAAAUGCUGGAACCCUGAAGGUCCUGUUCGGCACACCUGAGUUUGUGGCUCCAGAAGUCAUCAACUAUGAGGCUAUUAGUUACGCUACAGACAUGUGGAGUAUAGGAGUCAUCUGCUACAUCCUGGUCAGCGGACUCUCCCCGUUCAUGGGAGACAACGACAACGAGACGCUGUCCAACGUCACCUCUGCCACAUGGGACUUUGAGGACGAGGCCUUCGACGAGAUCUCCGAGGAGGCCAAGAGCUUCAUCAGCAGCCUGCUGAAGAAAGACAUGAAGGCCCGCCUGACGUGCGGUCAGUGCUUGGAACAUCCAUGGCUGAAGCAGGACACCAAGAACAUGGAGGCCAAGAAGCUGUCCAAAGAGAGGAUGAAGAAGUACAUCCUGAGAAGGAAGUGGCAGAAAACGGGACAUGCGGUGCGAGCCAUUGGCAGACUGUCGUCCAUGGCGAUGCUGGCUGGGGUCAGCGCUAAAAAGGGCGGCUCUCCCACCGGCAACCCAAGCGAAGAUGAUCUUGCCAACCAGUUCUUGGAAACCCUGGAGGACGAGGAGAGGCCCCAGGCAAAGCCCUCCUUCAGCUCUGUUAUAAAGGAUGUGGAGGUGGUGGAGGGCAGCGCUGCACGAUUCGACUGCAAGAUUGAGGGCUACCCCGACCCAGAGGUGGUGUGGUAUAAGGAUGACCAGCCGAUCAAAGAGACGCGGCACUUCCAGAUCGACUACGACGAGGAGGGCAACUGCUCCCUAGUCAUUUCCGAAGUGUCCGGCGACGACGACGCCAAAUACAUCUGCAAGGCUGUGAACAGUCUCGGGGAAGCCACCUGUACAGCAGAACUAAUCGUGGAGGUCAUGGCAGAGGAGGAAGAGGAAGAGGAGGAAGAGGAAGAGGAGGAGUGAGUGGUACGAGAGACAGUCUUCUGUCAAACUUUAUUCUUAAUAGCUGCUUUUGUGAGGCACCCCCACUCUCUCUGACAGACUGACCAACGGUGGAAAAAUCGUGCUUGAAUCACCCUUUGCUAUGUUUGUGCACUUUCUUUUUUUCUUAAGAGUAAUAACACAAAUCAGAUGUUGAUAUUUAUAACAUUAUCGCAACAUCAAUGACAUUCCAGCUGAGGUUGUGUGUUCAAGAGAUUCAUAUCUGAGGCAUAUGUUAUCAAAGAGGUCCGCCGAUCAAAACAAACCCAAAAGCCACAAGUGUGCUCGUGUGUUUUCUUAUCAACAUUAUGAUCUUUGAUAUUACCAGAACUUUUGUUUUUUUACAAUGUGUUAUUUUAAAACUAUUUAAGCACAGAAUCCAUAUCAUGUUGUAGUUUGAGCGUCAGUUUUGAAAUAUCCCAGCAUGCACUUUUGUCCACUAUCUCUCGAUUUGCAGUUAUAAACAGAUCCAAUCAAGUAACACUAUUGAGAUGUAUGUAGACCAUAUUUCUUUCAAUUUUGAAAAUAAGAAAUGUAUCUGUUUGGCGAACUACAGAAUGCAAGUAAUGAGAACACUACAAUAUCAGUUUUUUUAAAUGUUUCAGAAUAAAUGUUAUCACAAAAGCAUGUUGUGAAUGGAAAAAUGAUCAAUAUUCUGUAUUGGAGAAGUUACAUGAAAAUUCACCACAGUCAUAUACAGGUACAUGUAGAUGCCAUUGCUGAUCAUUUAAAUUUAAGUCAAGGUGCAUUAUCAGUGUAGAAUACUUGGACAGACUGGUGUUGUACUGAAACGUUUAAUAGAAGACAACACGGUGUAAUUCAGUUGAAGAGAGAUUUUAGUCCAUACAGCAGUAAUACUGCACAUGGUUUUUAAAGUCCAUAUUUAAAAUAAAUAUUUGUCAUCAUUUAGAGGAUAAGAACAUUCAUUUCAAAUAGAAUGAGGAGGAAUGUUUUUUUCUUCUGAAAUACUCUCCUGUUGAAUGGAAAUUCAAUGCUUAUGGCACAAUCCUUUAAACAGUAAAAUGUUCACUCUAAAUUGUGAAUGGUGUGUUUGUAACUAGUUUUAAAGGUCAUGAUGAUUACAGCCACAGUCAAUUUUACAUAUGUAUUGCACAGCUUUGACAGGUUCAGUAUAUUUGAAGAAGAGUGUCUGCCAUGUAUUCUCUGGAAAGAGUGGCAUUUAUAAUCCAAAUGAAACGGCAAGCAUUUGCUCCAGUUUGGUCCACUAAAGUAAAAAAAUCAGAUUGGACAUUUCAGUGAAGAUCAAAGGGUGUUUUCAGAUGUUUUUGUACAGGCCUACAAUGUCAAGUUGUGUAUUAUGAUAAAAAAACAUGCAUUCUUGAAAUAUUUAUUGGUACUAGAAUAGAAACAUUGUACUUGCUGUAUU